AAUAUAUAUAACAAAAUAUUUAAUUUAAUACUUAAAUUUCAAAAUUUCUGACUUAGAAUUAUGAAUAUGCAACUUCAUGGUCUUUGCAAUUUGGAGUUGUUUUCAUUUUUUUUUCUUGAUUGGGAAUUUGGGUUUCUUUUCGUUUCCGCUUUUUCUGUAAGUUGUCAGCUCUUUGUCCGUCUCAGUUAUUUUUACUGCUACUUACAGCUUUGGCGAGCUUAUUAGAUUUUUCUGGUUUUGGGUGUAAUAUUGAGUAUUGAUUAUGACGAUGGUUGAUUGUUUAAGCUUUUAUGCUUCAUGUUGGGCUUGAUUUGCUUUUUGGUUUUCAUGUGAUUUCGUUCCUUGUAAGGAAUAGGUAAUUAUUAGCCGAUCCCAUUUAUGACCGGCCAUAGCCACCGAUUUUACACACAAUACACGACUCCUCAAUGGCCCAAUCUCUCUCUUUCUUGGCUGUCAUCUUCUUUCCCUACAUUGCUGUGAUGAUUCAUGAGGGACCAUCUCUCUCUAUCUUCCUAGACACCUCUCUUUGACUUUUUCUUUCACCAAAAGUCACAACUAUACUUAUCCUGUUUCAUUAUUUAUCGAAAAUUUUGAGCCAUGUUUUUCAUAUUAUAUAUAUAUAUAUAUAUAUAUAUAUAUUGCAGCAGUCUGUAAUUAUAAUGGAAAGUUGUUCAGACAACGAGGUCUAUCUUCAAGACAGAAACGAGGAUGAUUAUGAUGAAGAGAAUUGCUACUUCUUAUCCAGGUUACAAUUUAGGAAAGAUAUUUCAAAGGCCCGAUGGAUUGAUGAUUUGGCUAUGGCCGAAGUUGUGGAAAAAGAAGGGUAAGAUGUGGGUUACUAUGGGGAUGGUUCAUAGAGGCAACGCAUAUUGCUCCAUUGAGGAAACUCUCUUUUUUAUUGAAAUAGGGGCAUUGCAUCUUUUAGACGAAAAUGGUAUAUGUCUUUCUUUAAAAGAAUUAUAUGAGAAGUUUUCAGAUGGAAAGAGUGGAUGCUAUUGGGAGCUUUUUGAAGUUUAUAGGCACCUGAAGUUUCUCAUGGUUAUGUAGUUGGGCCCAUGGUAUCCCUUGGUCUGUGAAGGGUCAAAAUAUUAAAGCUGGAACCUGUUUGCUUCAGGGCAGUCAAGAGAGAAAUGAGUUACUAGAAAUGGAGCCGAAAGACAAGAAUUCCUUCAUUAAGUUGUUCGAUAAGAUGCAGAUUACGGAAGUUAGUCUUGCUUUUGAUGUUUAUCUUCCAAACAGCAAGUUUAGAAAGUCUUCACUAGGCGCUCCAAGUUUUGUUCUCUACUUAAGUAGGUGCAGUCCACCUUCUAGAGUAGAAUUGAGGCCCUUGAAAGAAAACAUGGAGCCAUCCCUUUGAAGUUUUGUUAUGUAGAGAACGGGCGUGUCAGUUUCUU